AGUGGAACUAUAAAAGGUCAUCAGGAGAGCAGGGAAGAUCACUUCAGUCGACUGGACGCUUGUCUGUAAUCAUCCGUAGCCCUACAAAGCAACGACAUUAGCCAGAGAUCGAAAUGGCCUUCGCUAAAAUCGGACUGACUGAUGCUGCCAUCGCUGGAGCCCUGGAGGAGUGCAAAGCUGCUGGAUCAUUCUGUCACAAGAAGUUCUUCGCUGCAUGCGGCUUGCACGGCAAACCCGAUGCUGUACUGAACGAAGCCUUCAAUAUCGUUGACCAGGACAACAGUGGUUUCAUUGAGGAGGAAGAGCUUAAGCUGUUCCUGCAGACCUUCAGCCCAGGUGCACGUGAACUGACCCCCGCUGAGACCACCACUUUCCUCAAGGCUGGUGACACUGACGGUGAUGGCAAGAUUGGAGCUGCCGAGUUCAUUGCCAUGAUUAAAUAGAAAGUCAAGUGACCAACCACACCUGCCAUGAUGGAACAACAAAGCCCACGUAGACCUCCCCCGUUUUCAUCUGAAUAUAAAUAAUUUUUAUACAUUUGCUGAAGAGACGUUUCCUCCUAUGCAACACACUGUCCAAAAUGAUGAUUGUGAAUGUCGCUCGGUUGUGUUCAUGUCUUAAAUAUGAAUUUUGCUUACUGUAAAAACCUAUGAUGCACUUUCCAGGAACGAAAAAGAAAUAAAUAUUCUUUGGCUACGAUCUUU